CCCGAGCAGAGAUUUCGUAGUUAAGUAUCCUAAGACGUACAUGUAUCGAAGUCGAUCAAUAACCAUUACGGUGUCGUUGAGCUCUGAAAAUCUGGUUGAGGUAUCCAGGUUACUACAACGGCCACGCUGGGUGGAGAUUCUCUACUGAAGAAGCUCUUCUGGAGCGUCUGACCUUCGGGCAAGCCGUUCGAACAGCUGAUUCGGUGGGAUAUCACUUCGUCCUCCCAUCGUGACUGCACACACUGUCAAUUGUUAGCUAGCGCAACGUGCUCUUUUACACAGUUGCGCUCAGUCUCCGAUAUACCGUCAGCUCAUUCGUUUCCAAGCGUUUUGUAACGUGUCCACCGUCAUGAGACUGUGGUGGGUCUGGGUGGCCACUUGCGCUCUACCCUUAGGGCUCCAUGCCGCGACAACGUGUCCGGAAUCGGGUAUCGCGCCGCCGUCCGAAGUCACGCUGGCCGCAGCAGCGGAUGGAGCGAACGACGUGGCUAUUCUCGUAAAGAACUCCGACUGCGAUGAAGUCACGAUCGAAGCAACCGAAUCAGAGGAUCCGGGCUCGUACAGGAUCAACGCCAGCUACGUGGACAUUGAGGUCGUCGAGAGCUACCCGGAAGUCGCGAGUUUAUGGCUGUGGAAUAACAAGAUCAAGACGUUCAAGGCGGUGGGAACGUCGGUGACGGAAGUGGAUAUUACGAGCAACCAGUUGACGUCACUGGAUGGCUUGGAGUUCCCAUCGAGUGUGCUGUUACUCACGUUGGAUCUCAACGCACUCACAUCUACGAGCGCAUCAAACUUCCCCGAUGGCUUGCAGAGGCUGUAUCUACGCAAGAACUCGAUCACGUCGCUGGCCAAGUUCCGUUUCUCAUCGGAGCUGCAGAAUUUGUAUCUUAACGGGAACCAACAGCUCACGACUCUGAAAGGCGCAGUGUUUCCUGACAGCCUGCAGUUAAUAGAAUGCAGCGACUGCCGAAUCACAGAGAUCGUGGGUGUAACAUUCCCAUCGAAACUCAAGACAAUGACGUUGGGAGGAACUACUGUUACAAACUUUGUCGUGCGAGAAUCCGACGUCGACGUACUGAAGACUGCACAACUGAGUCUCACUGUCAGUUUGGACGAGGAUGACUGCUCAAGCGUAUCAGGCACGGUCACAACGAUUUCAAGCAGUGUCUCUGCCUGCGUUCUCGAUGAUACAUCAUUCUCCAGCUUGUAUCCAAUUAGCAAUGAUUCUGGUUCUUCUGGAACCAGUUCCAGUAAUUCCACGACAACCAGCAGCUCCAGCACUAAUGGAGACAGCACUACCAGUAGUAACAACACAAACCAAGCAGGAAGCUUCGGCUCCGUACACUUGGCGAGGCACUUGGACACUGGCGCGACUGUAGCCAUUAAGGUUGUUACGAGACGCUUGGUGCACGAAAUGCAUCAGGAGAAGAACAUUAUGAGGGAGCAGAGCGUUCAUUUGGGUCUAGUGCAUCCGUUUAUUGCCAGACUCUAUGCCACUUUCCAAGACAAUGAUGCGCUGUAUUUUGUACUGGAAUUCUGUCCCGGAGGAGAGAUCUACAGCUUGGUGUACACCCACGAUGACGGACAUUUAGAGGAGAAUGAAGACUGUGACGACUCGGACGAGGAAGAGAACAGGAGAUCAAGUAGACAAGUAGAAGAGCCCGAAACUUCCGACUCCGUGACCACCGAGUCCGAGUCGGAUGAAGAGCAGAGACAGCAACGUGGAGCGAGCAUCGCAAUGGGCCGCAAUAGCUUAACACUAGAGAACUUUUUGUUCAAGCAGAAGCUACGUAGUUCGCACGGUGGACUGCAUGAACGCUAUGCAGCCUUUUACGCAGCGUGUUUGGUAACAGCGCUCGAGUUUCUGCACAGAAGAGGAGUCUUGUAUCGCGACCUGAAGCUCGAAAACCUCGUGUUGGAUGCAGAUGGAUACCCGAGACUCAUCGACUUUGGAUUAUCCAAGCCAGACGCCACCCAAACGACAGAGCGGAACUCGACGAUGUGUGGAAGUGCCGAGUAUAUGGCCCCUGAGAUUCUGCAACACAAACCGUACGACCAGCGAGUAGAUUUGUGGUCCUUUGGUAUUCUUCUGUACGAAAUGCUGUUCGGAACUACACCGUUCUACCAUGCCAACCACCGAGAGCAGGGCCGUCGUAUCAUCUCCGAGCCAGUGCAGUUCCCGGAAGACUAUGAACAAGGACAUCCGGCGGUAUGUUCUCUUAUCAAGAAACUAUUAGAGAAGGACCCAGUACUGCGACUUGCGUCGUUCUCAGAGGUGAAGAAGACGACGUUCUUCCGUACGUAUUUCCCGUCGAAACAAGGUUGGCAGCAACUCGAAGCACGGCAAGCGGAGCCUCCGUUUAUCCCUAGACUAGACGGUCCUUUUGACACUAGUUUCUUCGUACGUGUCCAAGAAGAAGAGAAAGACUUCGGUAGUGAUGCCGACUCGGAUUUCGGAUACUAG